AUGGAUUAUAAUCCAGAAAGAGUCGAAUGCUUUUGUCUGGAAUGUGCCAGAAGCAGCAUUCUCGGUUUUCGCGAGGUUAUCAUAUACAACGAGAGCAGCACACCCAGCGUACUUAACCAGUUGAUUCGUGAAUACACCACUUUUGAAGGCGAACAGCCUUUCCUAUCAGAAGCAUCAGAUAAUAUGGAUAAUGAUGAAAUGGAUGUUGGUGAUGACAUUCCGAAUGAGCCUUCCACUUCCCGUUCUCUUAGUUGGAUGCUGCUGCUGGUUGUCGUUUGUCGUUCUCUGACGAGGAACAUUGUCUUUAGAGUGGAGGAAAACAGAGACAGUACUGGUGGCACCGAUCGUUUGCUCGAUGCUGAGGAUGUUGAAUGGGAGGUCGAAGCAGACAAUGUGAAUGUAGAUGAGACAGCCAGCAUUGACGAACAAGUUGCACUUCGUCUCUGA